CGCGGCCGCCGCGGCCAAUGGCGCAGGUGGCGGGAAAGACGAGCGCGGGCGCGCCGGGCCCGCAGGCCGCGGGCGGGGGCGUCCCCGGGGCCGAGUCGGGCACGGAGCUCCUGGCCCGCCUUGAAGGCCGAAGUUCCCUGAAGGAGAUUGAGCCGACUCUGUUUGCUGCCGAAGACUCGCCCGAUCACGGUGGCAUUGUUGAGCUGCACGGCCCGGAGGGCGCGGGGAAGACGGAGCUGCUGUACCGCGUCACGGUGCGCUGCCUGCUGCCGCCGUCGGCCGGCGGCCUGGGCGCCGAGGCGCUGUUCCUGGACACGGACGGCCACUUCGACCUGCUGCGGCUGGUGGCCGUGCUGGAGCGCGCGCUGCCCGCGGGCGCCGAGGCGCUGGUGCGGGGCUGCCUGGGCCGCCUGUGGGUGCUGCCGUGCGCCAGCAGCGCCCAGCUCCUGCUCACGCUGCAUGCGCUGCCCGCCCUGCUGUGCCGCCGGCCCGCGCUCGGCCUGCUGGCCCUGGAUGGCCUCUCGGCCUUCUACUGGCAGGACCGCGCCCAGGGCGGCGAGAGUGCCCGCCGGCAGGAGGCCCCGCUGGGCCGCUGCGUGCAGCUGCUGCAGCGCCUGGCCGCCGCCCACCGCCUGCAGCUCUUCGUCACCACGCAGAGUCUCCUGCAGGGGGACCCCGACCGCGCGCCCUCCCUGGGCCAGGCCUGGCGGCGGGCCGUGACGCACCGGCUGCUCCUCUCCCGGCAGGAUGACGCCGCGGGCGGCCCGCGGUUCUCCGUGCUGGUGCGGCACCUGAGAAGCAACUCUUCCCGGAGACUCUCUUUCACCGUGGGCGACGGCGGGCUGGAGUUCUGCGCCCAGGGCUCAUGA